CCACAGCUGGAGGCUGCUCUUGUGCCAAUGACCCUUCCCAAUUCUUCCUGCACCUUCGAAGACAAGAUGUGUGAGGGGAACAAGACCACCAUAGCCAGCCCCCAACUGAUGCCCCUGGUGGUGGUCCUGAGUGCCAUCUCCUUGGUCACAGUGGUACUCAACCUGCUGGUCCUGUAUGCUGUGCGGAGCGAGCGGAAGCUGCACACUGUGGGCAACCUGUACAUUGUCAGCCUCUCCGUGGCAGACCUAAUCGUAGGGGCUGUCGUCAUGCCCAUGAACAUCCUCUACCUCCUCAUGUCCAGGUGGUCCUGGGGCCAGCCUCUAUGCCUCUUUUGGCUUUCCAUGGACUACGUGGCCAGCACAGCAUCCAUUUUCAGUGUCUUCAUCUUGUGCAUUGAUCGCUAUCGCUCUGUCCAGCAGCCCCUCAGAUACCUGAAGUAUCGUACCAAGACCCGAGCAUCAGCCACCAUCUUGGGGGCCUGGUUUCUCUCCUUCCUGUGGAUUAUUCCUAUUCUGGGAUGGCAUCACUUUAUGUCACAGUCCUCGGGACACCGGGAAGACAAGUGUGAGACAGACUUCUAUGAUGUCACCUGGUUCAAGAUCAUGACUGCCAUCAUAAACUUUUAUUUACCUACCUUGCUCAUGCUCUGGUUCUACGCCAAGAUCUACAAGGCCGUACGACAGCACUGUCAGCACCGAGAGCUCAUCAAUGGAUCCCUCCCUUCCUUCUCUGACAUAAAGAUGAAGCCAGAGAAUCCCAAGGCAGGGGCCAAGAAAUCAGGGAAGGAGUCUCCCUGGGAAGUUCUGAAAAGGAAAUCAAAAGAUGCCAGUGGUGAGCCUGUCUUGAAGCCACCAUCCCAAGACCCAGAAGAGAUGAAAUCCCCAGGUGUGUUCAGCCGAGAGGAGGACAGAGAAGUGGACAAACUUCCGUGCUUUCCACUUAACAUUGUGCAGGUGCAGACUGAGGCAGAAGGGAGUGGCAGGAGUUAUGUAGCUAUCGAUCAGAGCCAGAGCCCACUCGGGAUGGAAGAACAGAGCCUGAACAUGCAUGGGGCCAAUGAGAUAUCAGAGGAUCAGAUCAUCGGUGAUAGCCAGUCUUUCUCUCGGACAGACUCAGACACCCCCACAGAGUCAGCAUCAGGGAAAGGUAAACCUAGAAGUGCAUCUAGCACAGGCCUGGAUUAUAUCAAGUUCACUUGGAAGAGGCUCCGUUCACAUUCAAGACAGUAUGUCUCUGGUCUGCACAUGAACCGAGAACGGAAGGCCGCCAAACAAUUGGGUUUUAUUAUGGCGGCCUUCAUCCUUUGCUGGAUUCCUUACUUCAUCUUCUUCAUGGUCAUUGCCUUCUGCAAGAGCUGUUGCAAUGAACGUGUGCACAUGUUCACCAUCUGGCUGGGCUAUAUCAACUCCACGCUGAACCCCCUCAUUUACCCCUUGUGCAAUGAAAACUUCAAGAAGACAUUCAAGAAAAUUCUGCACAUUCGUUCCUAAGGGAGGCAACAAGGGGAUGCAACCAAAAUGAUGUUUCUGAAGAAAAUGGAGGAUGAAGGCCUGUGAGUUGCCAGGCACCUGGGCUUUCUGGAGUCAAAAGACUAGUCUUAAGGACUAGGUAACUUGGAAAGUGCUAAGGGACCGUUGGCAGAAUAGCAGAUGGCGGAGGUGGUCAGCAGACAGACUGUGUACGCUGAGUAAAGAGCAGGAUAUUUCCAAGAGAAUCAGAUCUGGAUGAGUUCUCCUGCUCCUCAGGAAAUGUGGGAACCUCAGACUCUCAUUGUAAUUCAAGCUUGCAGACUGGAAUUAAUUGGAAACUGAAGGGACAUGUAGAGAGAGUUUCACUGCUGAAUCAGUUGGAACUCUCAAGCCUUCCUUCCUGGAAUGGAGUUAUAGGACUGUGCAGAGACCUUACAUAUGCAGAUAGAUGCUGUCCCUUCCAGGGGUCACCUUGAUAGGCAUGACAGCAAUUUCAUUGUGACUGUCACUUCUCAGAACAUCUCUCCUCUGAGCCCCUUCUGCAGCUUUCUGCAGUACCUGUGUCUGAACCAAGUUGGAAAUUCUGCCUUAUUAUUUCUCUUUCACACACACACAUAUAGAGUUGGUAGGAAAUUAUGCAGCUUGUACAUUCAUUGUUUUCAACCCCCAAUUCCUUUUGACUAGUAACAAAAUAAUGAUAAAAGCUACCCUCGAAAGAAAGAGGAAAGGGGUAUUUUUUUAAUGUUGCACAAUAAAAACAAACAAAAAAAUGGGAAUGGGGAGAAGAAAGCCAUAUUUCUUGAAGGCUGGGUCAUGCUUAUCUCAUUGAGGCGCUAUGACACUCCACAGCAGGAGGACGGUGUUAUUGAGGAGCAAAUUGAGGUGUGGUGAGGUGAAAUAAGGUGCCUGACAUCACACAGUUAGAAUGAAAACCCAGUGGGGUUCCAGCUUGUUGUCAUAUGUUACCUCCAAAAGGCAAAAAUUUGUCCUGUUAAGUAACAACACACACACACACACUUCCUGAAAGUGGUGGCAGUUCCAAAAAGAUGUGUUGAGAGAAGGAACGGCUGACGUAGACUAUGCCCGAGGCCGCAGAAAGUGGUACUUGAGGGCAUAGUGUGCAUUUUUAUCUGUGAGUUCUGCUGUGUUUGUUGAAGAAAAGUUGUCAUGUUCUUUUAUAGUCACACUUCUUCAGUAAAAACUAGCAAAGGCAUGGGAACAUCCAGUUUUCCUUGGGGUUUAUAUCGCAAUUUGGUUGUGAUUUGUAUUUUAAAACUUAAUGCCAAACUGUCAUAUAUGUAGUAAAAUGGAGUGCGUGCACAAGCUGGUA